AUGAGAUUAAAUAGUCAAGAAAAUCACAAUAAGGUAAAAAAAUCAAUUCUUUUGAAACCUGGAUUUUUAGCGAAAAAAAAGUCUUUAAAUCCUGGGUUAUUUGAAAGAAAAAAAUCUAUUUCAUCAGAAAAUUUGUCCAAACAUCAUUCAAAACAGUGGCUAUCAAAAUCGAAGAACCCAGAAACUACACCCGUGAUUAUUAACACCAGUGUUAAUAAAAAUGCGUCUACGCCUAAUCUUAAUCCAAAUUUUCCAGGAAUGAAUUCUAGUGACAAGAGUCGAAAUUCAAACUCAGAACCACAUUAUAGUAACUACGGCGUAGUUAAAAAUAGAAAAGAAGUGCGACCUUUAGCUGAAAAAGACUUUCAACAAACAGCUAUUCAUAAAAUUCAAAAUUAUUUUUUAACUGCUCCAAAUGCAAGUAAAAUUCUGAAUAAUGGUAGUAUAAGGCCAAUGACAACUACUAGGUUUACUGAUAUGUGCAAGUAUUUAUUACAAAAGCUAGAAAGAAAUCAAAUAUUAAAUGAAAAUAAAUACGUGGAAGAUUUACCCAAAAUAAUGAAAAAGUAUUAUUAUAAAGGAAAAGUGGAUAAAUCAUGGCUUAUUACUGUAAAUGCCAGUCAUUCGUUUCCACAAGUGGUUGGUUUAUUUCUUUGGUUAGUAGAAUUAUGUGAAUCUCAAAAAGGAUUUAACGUUUUGGACGAAAUGUAUCCAUUAAUCCUUGAUUCGGACAAAUCUGAAGAUUAUGAACAAAAAGUGCAAUUUAAGUUGUACUUGCCAUUUUUAUUAAAUGUAUAUCAAAUUGAGAGUAAAGGAACUGUUAAACUUGAAAUUCAAGAAUCACUGCAUAAACAAGAAGAGUUGUUGCUGGAAAAUUAUAUCAAAACACUUGGCAUUGAUAAAAAAUUAUUGAUUAAAUUAGAGACAGAAGUUAAUAACCAUAAGAAGGAUCUUAAUACUCUAAGUGACAUUACUGAAGAAAAAAAAUUGGAGGAAAUGAAAGCUAUGAAAAUAGCAUUACAUAAAGAUAUUGUUAAUUCAAAAAACUAUAUUAAAGAUUUACAAACUUGUUACAAUGAAAUACAGGAGUAUAUAUUAAAAAAAAAGGAUGAAUGUGUUUUUCAAGAAAACAAUAUUGAAAACUUACAAAAAGAAUUAAAUAUGGUAAAUAGUUGUAUUAAUAGUCAAGAAAUUACUCAAGCUGAUAAGAAAAUUAUUGAAGAAGAUAUUUUUUGUCUAAAACAAGACUUAAAAUUUGAGGAAAAUUGCUUAGAAGAAUACAAAAACAUAGUGUGCUCUGAAAAUUUAAAAGUUAUUGAUGUUAAAUUAAAACUGGACACAUUAUUUGUACAAUACCAUAAACUGUGUGCAGAAAAUAUUGUUGUAUUACCUGAACUUGAAAACGCUAUAACAGAUAAGAAUAUUCUUGCUAUAUACACAAGAGAAUCUCUGAAAAAAGUUGAUGAAUUAUUAAAAUCUUUAAAAAAUAAAAAUGUUCAAAGACUUAAAGAAGUUGAACAAAAAAAUGCUUCUAUACAAAUUAAUGUUGAUUUAGCACAGCUAGAAUACAACAAACUGAAGUUAAUAGUUGAAAAAUCAGAUUUUGAACGCAACGCUGAUAAAAAACAUUGGUUAGAAAUCGCUGAUCGUCAAUUUAAGGAAAAAGAAGAGCUUGAAAAUAAGUUGAAUAAGAUUAAAGCAGAAAUAGAAAAUAAUAAUUUUAAUGACACGGAAAAUUUAAAACUGGUUGAAAUCAAAACAGAAGAAAAAAAUAAUUUACAUAAACAAAUAAAUGAGAUGGAAAAUGAAAAGGAGUACAUCUCAAGAAGGAUAUAUAAUUCUUUGAAAAAGCACGCGGAACUUAUUAAGGAAACAAAAAAGUUUAUUAAGAAGCUUAAUGACGAAGAAUUACAGAAACUGCAAUCAAUUAAAAGUAAAUACAUCCAACUAUAG